AUGGACAAUAGUCAAAAUCCAUUCCAGGCACCCUCCAAUCCUUUCGGCGAUCCCUUUGGCCACGAGGCCAACGUGCAGACCUACCAGCCCCCCAGCAUCCGGUCAGGGGCCUGGAACAGCGCCGAUGAGGUGGCGGGCCUGGGCGAGGACGACACCUAUGGCGAGCCCUUCUCUGCAGCGCACCUAGCUGCCGCACACGAGGCUGCCGUGCCCGCCAUCGUUACCCCUACUCCCGCCACCCAGCCCCAGCCGGAGAAGCCCUCUGUGCCCCUGGCCUUCACAGGCGAGCCCGGGAGGGCUCGGGGACCGAUGUUGCAGGGGCCGCCGGCCUAUGGCGUCAGCCUGCUCCCCGCUGGCGUACCCCCCAGCCUCCCGCUGCCCGGGCGGGGAGGCCCCGCAGACCUGGAGGACCCCACCAAGUACCCCUUCUACAACGUCAGGCGGUACCGCACCUACUUCAACGUCGACACCAGCGACGUGCUGGGGCGCAUCUUCCGCGCCAUCGCCCUCUUCUUCAAGUCCGACUUCCACGAAUUCAUCUCCCCCAAUCCGGACCUGUAUGGACCCUUCUGGGUGGCCACCACCCUCGUCUUCGUGUCGGCGGUGACGGGGAACUACGCCUCCUACCUCGCAUGGAAGCGGAGCCACGCCGGCGACGAGGCCAGCACCGGCUGGUACGGCGACAUCAACAAGGUCGGGGGCUCCAUGGGCCUCUUCUAUGGCUACGUGGGAGUUGUAGGCCUGGCGCUGUAUGCCGCGCUGCGAUACUUCCGCGCCGGCGUGUCCCUUGCCCACGUUUGGUGCACCUACGGCUACGCGCUGGCGGUGUUCAUCCCCAUGGCCUUUGUCUGUGUGUUCCCUGUGGAGAUCAUGCGCUGGGUGGUGGUGGGCGUGGCCACCCUGACCAGCGGCAUCUUCAUCCUCAGCAGCUUCCGGGUGGCGGUGGUGGAGGCCGCGGGCGCCAAGUCCGUGCCGCUCUUUCUUGUCAUGGCCGCCCUGCACGCCGCCCUGGGCCUGGCCCUCAAGCUCUACUUCUUCCGCUACGCCAGCGUCUGA